AUGGGCGGUCACGGCGGUCUGAACAUCCUCCCUCAGAAGAGCUGGAACGUCUACAACUACGAAAAUCGCGAGAAAGUCCGCCGGGACGAGGAGGCCGCCGCCAAGGAAGAGCAACUCAAGCGCGAGCAAGCCCGGAAGCGUGAUUCUGAGCUCCGCCUCGAGAAGCUCCGCCAGGUCCGUGGAUCAGCGGGCCAAGCAUCGGCCCGAUCCGCCGACGAAGAACCUCUCCCCUCCCCUGCGCAGCCGGAACCCGUCGUCGAACCCUUGAAAUCCGAUUCCGAUUCCAAGCACAUAAAUUUGUUCGAAGGUAUCCGGAUUUUUGACCCGGUUAAAGCUGGCGAUGGGAAACGAGACGAAAAGAAGCGCAAAUUCGGUAGUGAGGAUGAUAGGCGUAAGAAGGUGAAGAAGGAGGAGGUUCGGACGGUCGGGCCCGAGGAUGAGAAGUAUAGGUUGGGGUAUGGUGUUGCAGGGAAAGGAGUGAAAUUGCCGUGGUAUAUGGAGAAGAGAGUGGCGGACGAGAAAAAUGUGGAUGAGGAUGAUGACGACAGGGAAGAAUAUUACAGCACCAAACACAAGGAGAAGAGAAAGAGUGGUGGGAAGAAGACAUUGGAGGAGUUGAGAGAGGAGAGGUUGAAGAGAGAGAAAUCAGAGAAAGAGAGAGAAAGGGCCUUGUUGAUGGCGAAGUCGAAGAAGGAUGGAGGUUUUUCUUCCAGGAGCCGAAGGAGGUGA